AUUCGCAUAAAAAUGCGAACCCUACUACAGUGAAAUUUGAAGAUAUCGUAAAUGGAGGAAAAUAACAAUCAACCACCAAAUUUGCAAAAUCAGCCUCCAAAUACUGGAAAUCUCAUAACGGUCCUCAGCAUCGACGGCGGAGGUAUACGAGGUAUUAUCCCGGGAGUUCUGCUCGCGUAUUUAGAAUCCCAGCUCCAGGAGCUGGAUGGUGAAAGCGUGAGAAUUGCAGACUAUUUCGAUGUAAUUGCAGGGACGAGCACCGGAGGGCUGGUGACGUGUAUGCUGACGGCACCUGAUAAAAAUACUAACAGACCGCUUUAUGCCGCCAAGGAUUUAGUUCCUUUCUAUUUGGAACACUCGCCUAGCAUUUUUCCUCAGCCCAGGGAUCCAUUUACAGGUUUGAUGAGUAAGGUGAAGGGCUUUAUAGGGCCAAAAUAUGAUGGAAAAUAUCUCCACGCUCUAACAAGACAAAUGCUGGGUAACACCAGGUUGCAUGAGACCUUAACCAAUGUUGUCAUUACAUCAUUUGAUAUCAAGAAACUUCAACCCGCCAUUUUCAGCUCUUAUACGGCGCCAAAGGACUCUGCAAUGGAUGCUCUGUUAUCAGAUAUAUGCAUCAGCACCUCAGCUGCACCAACUUUCCUCCCUCCUCACUAUUUUGAGAACAAAGGGACAAAAUUCGAUCUCGUAGAUGGUGGUGUUGUAGCAAAUAAUCCGACAUUGGUGGCUAUAUCAGAGAUGACUAGAGAGGCUUAUAACAAGAAUCCUGAUUUUUUCCCAAUCAAGCCCAUGGAUUAUGGUCGUUUUCUUGUGAUUUCACUUGGUACGGGUGCCAGAAAAAACGAGGAAAAAUACGAUGCGAAAAGCGCUGGGCAAUGGGGCGUUUUCGGGUGGUUGUACGUAACACCAAGUCCACUGCUGAAGGCUUAUAAUCAGGCAAAUGUGGACAUGGUCGAUUUCCACAAUGCCGUGGUGUUUCAAGCUCUUCAUUCGCAACACAAUUAUCUACGCAUCCAAGAUGACACAUUAACUGGGAAGCUCGCUAACAUGGAUAUUGCAACGAAUGCGAACUUGAAAAAUCUAGUUAAGGUUGGUGAAGAUCUCUUGGAAAAACCAGUUUCAAGGGUUAAUUGUCAAACAGGAGCUUAUGAACCUAUUGAGAAUGGUGGGACUAACAUGGAAGCACUUAAAAGGUUUGCGAAAUUACUAUCCGAUGAAAGAAAAUUGCGGCUUUCCAACUUAAACUCUAUCUCAAGAUGAUCAGUUUCAAUUUAUGUAUAACUGUGUCAAUUGUCAUGUGUACACAAUGGAGUGCGGUGUAAUUUAAAUUAUAAAUAAUUGUUUUGUCAUGCGUGUAAGUUAAAUAUUUUUAGUUGAACUCGAUUUGUAUAAGAACUCAAAUGUGAUUAAUUGUUUAUUAUUACACUCAUAUUAUGCACCCAAAAAAAA